GGGUGAUGACGCGCUGAAGGUGCGCUGGGCCUGGUGGCGACAGGCGAAGCCGCGGACUCGGCUGCUGCGAUCCCAGGCCGGUACCGGAGCGGCCCUCGCACACGGAGGCAGCUUUUAGUGUGAUGAGGUAGCAUACUGUUUCAAAAGUCCUGUCCACUAUGGGAUCUCAGGCACAUGGAGAAGGGGCAGAACCUUCUGAAAUCUUGAUGGAAGAUGCAGAUUCAAAGGAUAAAAAUGUGGAACAGAAUGGAAUCAGUGACUGCAAAUCCAGGGAUGAGAAAAAUCAGUCAAAGGAGAAUGAAUGGAAUAUUGGCAGAAAGGAACCCAUAUCAAAAAGACAGAUGAAGAAGCUAAUGAGGGAGAAGCGAUGGCAGGACCAAAAAGAGCAACGCAAGCAGAAACGUAAAGAGAAGAAACUUAAAAAGAGACUAGAACGUCAAACUCGGAACGAGGAUGGGAUCGAAGAGUCUGCUAGAAAGCGCUUGAAGAGAGAUGUCACUCCAAGUAACAUUCGUGUGGCACUGGACUGUAGCUUUGAUAGUUUAAUGGUGCUGAAGGAUGUCAAAAAGCUGCAUAAUCAGAUUCAGAGGUGCUAUGCGGAAAAUCGAAAAGCAACACAUCCUGUAAAGAUGUAUUUGACCAGCCAUAGUGGACAGCUGAAGAAGAAUAUGGAUGACAAUGACAAAGGAUGGGUCAACUGGAAGGGAAUCAAUGUUACCUCAAAGCAUUUCAGUGAAGUAAUAAAGAAGGAAGACUUGGUUUAUCUCACCUCUGAUUCCCCUAACAUGCUUAAUGAGCUGGAUGCAAGCAAAGCUUAUGUCAUCGGUGGCUUGGUGGACCAUAAUCACCACAAGGGUUUAACGUAUGAUAAUGCACUGAAGUUAGGAAUCGCACAUGCCCAGCUUCCUCUUGGAAAUUAUGUGAAAAUGAAUAGCCGCAAGGUCUUAACAGUAAAUCAUGUGUUUGAGAUCAUCCUGGCAUAUUUGGAGAAGCAAGAUUGGGAGAAAGCCUUUUUCACAGUCCUGCCACAGCGCAAAGGAGCGGUUUCUGCAGGAGAGCUUGGUAGCACCAAACAAUACAAUGCUGGUGCUGACUCAGACACCUGUAAUUCUACAGAAACUGAGGCAGCAGCAUCAGAACCUUGUGCUCGAGAAGACAAAACGCCUAUUGACUUAAAUUGUGAAGAGAGAAGCAUAGGAAUUAAUGAAGAACUACAUGGUGAAGUGUAGCCCUUUCUCAAUUUGGUUCAAUACUUGACUAUUGCUUCGAAGUUUUAUUUAUUUGUGAUGCUUUGUAUGGCUUAAAGGAAGCAAAUGCAAGUCAUUUGGCUUCAUAAUCUUAUUAUCUCAUGUGACAUCUAAAUCACGGUGAGUACAGACAAAAAUAUUUUUGAUAAAUGAAUUGGAUUAAUUUAAAGUAUUUUAGUUAAGGUUCUGAGUUGUUUCUUUUUUAGCAUCCCCACUGAAGCUUGUUAUGUUAAAACUACACUGCCUUCCAUCAGUGCCAUUUUGCAGUUUGUUUUUUUGGAUGCUUUGGAUUAUUCUAGUUCAUUCUGACUGGAUAAUCUCAGCUAUUCCUAAUUACUUUACAAAGGCAGAACUAUCAGAACCAGAUUUAUUAUCACUGAUUUAGGUUCCGUGAAAUUUGUUGUUUUGCAUCAGCAGUACAGUGCAAAGACAUAAAAUUACUAUAAAAUACAAAAAUAAAUAAAUAGUGCAAACAAAAGGAAUAACAAGGCAGUGUGCAUGGGCCGUUCAGAAAUCUGAUGGCGGAGGGGAAGAAGCUGUUCCUGAAUGGUUGAGUGUGGGUCUUCAGGCUCCUGUACCUUCUCCCCGAUGGUAGUAAUGAACAGAGAACAUGUCCCGGAUGGUAAGGGUCCUUAGUGAUGGAACUAGUUUGAAACUACUGUCCAUUUAUUCGCACGGAUUAAGUGCAUCUUCUGUGAAUAUAUAAACUACAUUACAUGUGAUUCAAAGAAGAUUUCAAUCCAUUUCCUUAUUAGCAAGGAGACCACAUUUACUUUAAAUUGUAAAUAGGUAGUAUUUGAUUUACAAAGGACCAAGCCGAUAGUUGCCAAAUAAUAGUUAUUCGGAUUUCAGCAUGCCUCACUGACAUGCAAUGGAAUCAGCAACCAGCCAGUUUGUCAAAAUAACUCAGCAAUGUAAUCUUCCAUCUCCGGAUCAAUCAUGAAACUUCCUGACUAAAAAUAUUGUAGAAUUCCUUUCUACAUGGUUUUGGAAGAUGUUGAGAAUAGAGUAAAUAUGGUUUGGAUAAUUAAGUCGUGUGUUUUUUGUGGUUUAUGGGUAGGCUUCUCAACCCCUUGAGACUAUCCCACUAUCCAGUGAAAAUCUGCUGGACUCAGUUUUCUUUCUGUAUUUAACUGUAUCUCCCUCCCAACCGUACACGUACAAUGUCCCAUUCUCCUGCCAAAUCAGUUUAAAUUCUUCCCAACAGCACUAGCAAACCUCCCCACAACGAUGUUGGACCCCUUCCAGUUCAGGUGAAACCUGCCCAGCUUGUACAGGUCACACCCCUCCCAGUAACAGUCCUUGUGAUCCUGAAAUCCAAAGCCCUCCCUCCUAUCCCAUCCAAUCUAUCCUCCUAAUCCUCUACUCAGUCCCAUGUGGGACUGUAAUCCUUGGAGAUAUAACCUUGGAGGUCCAAAUCUUUAAUUUCCCUAAAUUCACAUUGUAGGACCUCAUCUCUCUUACCCAUGUCAUGAAUACCAAUAUGAACCACAACCUCAGGCUGUUUACCUCCCCAUCUUGCACAGUACUUUUAGAAACAGCCCAUUCUGGCCUCUUGAUCGUCCCCAGUUUUUAAUCACUGCAGUGUUGGCAGUUAUACCUCCAGUUGUCAAAGUGCUGAGCUUAGCAAUUCGCUCUUUGAAUGUGUACAACUUUAUUUUAUUUUCCUCUUUUUAAGAUGCUCUUUUGAUGAAACUUUUGCCACACGUCUGAAGAUCCCUUUGUGUAGCACGGUGUUAAAUUUCCUUUGAAAACCAUGAUCCAAAGUACCUUGAGCUCUAUGAAAGGUGCCGUGUAAGUACAUGGUGGAACUGCAAUAAAGGUUUCUCGAGAUUACUUAAUCUAUUAUUCUGUUUAUCAGAAAGGCUGAUGUGUGAGCUGGUAAUCGGCAAAGUGUUUCUGGAACUCUUUGUCAGUAUUGGUCGUAUUAUAAACCACAGUAAGAGACUGCUGGAUCCAUUGUGCCUCAGCUAACACUUUGAAAAAGCAGUCUAAUUAUUGGUACAGGUGACCCCGAGUUACGGCCAUUCAGGUUACCGAAUUCACAAAUCAAUACCCAAAAAUUUAAAAUACAGAAUCAAAUUCACUCUCAUGGAAUUUGUGGGGGGAAAAAAGUAAAUAUAUCAACAUCUUUUCAACCCUCAUUUCUUGAUGUUUGCGCAGCCAAGGUGGCUUUACAUCACAGAAUCACAAUGUGGGCCACUUUCUAGGAACGCAACCUCCUCUCCCCGUAAUCUGUGGGUUGCCUGUACUCUCCCUCUCUAGCUCCAGAACAUCAUUGUUUGUCUUUUUCAGCUAUAUAUAGAAAAAAAAUGAGACCCCUUUUACAAAAGAUGCAAUUAAAUCUGCUCUCACCUACCUCUCAACCAGUGAUUUUCAGCCAAUUACAACUCAGAGUUUUAAAGAUAACAAAAAAAACCUCCUUUUAAGGGUGAUACAUUUUUAAAAAUAUAUUGUAGUAUUCAUGACAAUUGCACCAUCGAACUAUGACAGCAUUCCCUCAACUUUCACCACCAUAACUCCAGGCCUGAAAUUCUGCCAAAGUUUUCACUGGGAGGACCCUCCAAUAAGCUUCCUAGUAGAGUUAUUAAUUACCAGUAACUAACACGACUGUUACUAAUAUUGCGACUUUAACAUUACUUAAAUCUAGAUCAAAACACAAGACAGUGCUGUGAAUGCUGAAAUAUUCUAUUUGAGUACAGCACCAAUAUCUUAGUAAAAUUACCUUUGUAAGUGCAUUGUGUUUAAUUAUUAUCAGCAUAUCUUCUUGGAGCCAAUUGCAGUGGUUAAAAAAAACUCAAAGAAAAUAUAAAUAUUUCCAUGACAUGUUGUAAAAUGGAUUAGAACUGACAUUAGGAUGUUCUGCACUGCAAGAGAGACAGCUUUGAAGUCAUUAAGUGUGGACUAACUUGCACUGUGUUUCUCUGCUGCCGUACAGCAUGUGCUGGUUUGUACAAGUCCUUUUGCAGUGAGCAUCUACAAUUGGACAAUACUUAACAGAAAACCAAGACACUCUGAACUGUCCAUUGUGCCCCAGACAUCCAGUCAGAGACAGCAGAAGGUCUGAAAGGGCUUUCUAAAUCAGACUGUAACAGACGGUGUAUGGUUUUAGAAGAACUGACAAAAAUGAAGUAAGACUUUAAAUUUGUAUAUUAUUGUAAUAGAUUUAGUCCACAAAAGAUAAUUCCAGAAACUGAAUGACUAUUGGUACCUUAGUGGGGUACAAAAUCAUAUAUAUAUGAAAUAGACUGUAUUUCAGAAUCCAUUGUUUGCACAACUGUACAGUCUUUACCUGAAUGUUACAGUAACUAUGGUUGACAACCUUGACUGGGUAUUUCUGUGAAAGCAUCACCAUUUCAAAUCACCUCAACAUUACACUAUUGUAAUUGGCCUAUUUUCAAGGACCACUUCUCAGACUAAACUGAAAGCAGACCAUUUGUAUGAAUACUGGCUAAUCUGGUCAAAGAGCCAUUUUCCUUUACAAAUGCUCAAUAUUAACAGAUUAAUAAAAUGAUCAUGUAACAUGAGAAAAAUCAUUUUACUUCUAAUUUUGCAUGUCAUUGUAAAUUAAUCUCGGCUCACUGGCAGUUCCAGGAAAAUCCUGCUUGUUUUCAUUAAGAGACUUCCAGUGGAAUCAG